AUGGAGCUGUUUUCAUGUGGAGUCCUGCUGUUGGCCUUAACACUUACAGGAAGCAACGCACAGCUCGAUGUUUGUGGAAUUGCUCCACUUAACACCAGGAUCGUAGGAGGCCAGGAUGCUUCUGCAGGAGCGUGGCCCUGGCAGGUCAGUCUGCAAACAUCCGGUCAGCACUUCUGUGGAGGCUCCCUGAUCAACAAUGAGUGGAUCCUGACUGCUGCCCACUGUUUCACCAACACCCCAUCACAAACGACCGUUUACCUCGGAUACGAGUCACUGCAAAGCACUAACACUAAUGGGGUCUCCCGGUCAGUGUCACAGAUAAUCACACAUCCCAACUAUAACUCCAAAACUAAUGACAAUGACAUCGCACUGCUGCGGCUGUCCUCAACUGUUGAGUUUAACAACUACAUCAGACCUGUGUGUCUGGCGGACGCGGGCAGCGACUUCCCUGCUGGGACGACCACCUGGGUCACCGGCUGGGGCAACAUCCGAGACAGCGUUUCCCUUCCUUCCCCUGGGACUCUACAGGAGGUGAGCAUCCCUAUCGUGUCCAACACCGACUGUAACAGUGACCUCGGUGGUGGAAUCACAAGCAACAUGAUCUGUGCCGGCGUGACUCAAGGAGGAAAGGACUCCUGCCAGGGUGACUCUGGAGGCCCACUGGUGGCUAAAAACAGCUCCAUUUGGGUCCAGGCUGGAAUAGUGAGCUUUGGGAAUGGCUGCGCUCAGCCCAAUUCCCCAGGAGUCUACACUCGGGUAUCACAGUACCAGUCCUGGAUCAACAACCAGAUCUCCUCCAAUCAGCCGGGCUUCAUCACCUUUGUACCCUCCUCGGCUCACUUCAUCUACCUCUCAGUUCUUCUGCUGCUCUCCAUCCUCCCCAUCCUCUUCUCUCUCGUUGUCCUCUCAUAG